AUGUCGCAGGACAAGAUCACGCGUAUCGCGAUCGUCGACUCGAACCGCUGCAAACCGAAGCGAUGCGCGCAGGAGUGCAAAAAGUCAUGUCCUGUCGUAAAGAUGGGCAAGCUCUGUAUCGAGGUUAAACCCUCUGACAAGAUUGCCUUCAUCUCCGAAUUCUUGUGCAUCGGAUGUGGUAUCUGUGUCAAGAAAUGUCCGUUUGAAGCCAUCGCCAUCAUCAACCUGCCUACCAACCUUUCCUCGGAGGUCACACAUCGAUACACCGCAAACUCCUUCAAGCUCCAUCGGCUACCUACGCCAAGACCAGGACAGGUUCUCGGCCUUGUCGGCACAAACGGUAUCGGAAAGAGUACGGCGCUCAAGAUCCUAGCCGGGAAGCUCAAGCCAAACCUCGGUCGAUAUGAUGAUCCCCCGGACUGGCAGGAGAUUUUGAAGUACUUCCGUGGCUCUGAGCUGCAAAACUACUUCACGAAGGUGCUGGAGGACAACUUGAAGGCGUUGAUCAAGCCGCAAUACGUCGACCAUAUACCCCGCGCCAUUAAGGGCGUCAUGACCGUUGACCAGAUGCUUGACUCGAAGAAGGAGCGCGACGUCAAGCAGCAACUAUGCGACGCGCUUGAAUUGAACAACGUUCUUCAGCGUGAGGUUGGCCAGCUUUCUGGUGGAGAGCUGCAACGGUUCGCAAUUGCCAUGUCUUGCAUUCAGCAAGCAGACGUAUACAUGUUUGACGAACCGUCAAGUUACCUUGACAUCAAGCAACGUCUCACCGCCGCAGAAACCAUCCGUCAACUGCUGAACCCCGCCAACUAUGUCAUCGCCGUCGAGCACGAUCUAUCAGUAUUGGAUUACCUAUCAGACUUUGUCUGCGUGCUGUAUGGCAAGCCAUCAAUGUACGGUGUCGUCACCAUGCCCUACUCUGUCCGUGAAGGUAUCAACAUCUUCCUGGACGGUUUCAUCCCGACGGAGAACCUGCGAUUCCGCGAGGACUCGUUGUCAUUCAAGAUGGUGGAGACCGCCGAAGAGCUGCUCGUCGACAAGACAUCCCAAUACUCGUACCCCGCCAUGACCAAGACGCUCGGCGACUUCAAGCUGAACGUCCAACCUGGCUCCUUCACCGACUCGGAGAUUAUCGUCAUGUUGGGCGAGAAUGGAACGGGCAAGACGACCUUCGUCCGCUUGUUGGCCGGUGACGUACCCGACCAGGGCGAGGCGCUCAAGCAGCAGUUGUCUGUGUCGCUCAAGCCGCAGACGAUCUCGCCGAAGUUCCCGGGUAGCGUGCGGAUGUUGUUGCUGAAGCGUAUCAAGAGCGCAUUCAUGCACCCACAGUUCACGGCGGACGUUGUCAAGCCGAUGAACUUGGACAACAUCAUUGACCAGGAGGUCAAGACGUUGUCUGGUGGUGAGCUGCAGCGUGUGGCUAUCGUCCUUGCGCUCGGUAUGCCGAACGUGCAGGUGUACCUCAUCGACGAGCCCAGCUCUUUCUUGGACUCCGAGCAGCGUAUCAUCGCGUCGAAGGUCAUCAAGCGCUUCGUCCUCCACGCCAAGAAGACGGCCUUCAUCAUCGAGCACGACUUCAUCAUGGCGACCUACCUUGCCGACCGCGUCAUUGUCUUUGAGGGUCAGCCAGCCGUCGAGGCCACCGCGACACCGCCGCAGUCGCUGCUCACGGGCAUGAACAAGUUCCUCGCCUCGCUCGAGAUCACGUUCCGCCGCGACCCGACCAACUUCCGUCCGCGCGUCAACAAGCUCGCGUCCGUCAAGGACAAGGAGCAGAAGGCGUCGGGCAACUACUUCUUCCUCGAAGAGUAG